UGUCUCAAUGAUCUGCUCUGCUGGGUAUCUGUCAAAGUGAUUGUGCUGAUUUGCCCCUUUCUCUGGGUGGAAAACCCCGCCCUGGAUCUUUGCUUGGUUGUGAGGAAACCCAUCUGAUAGAGGGGGAGACAGAGGUGCAUUGGUGUGACCGGACAGCUAGGAGAUAAGACUCUGCAUUUAUUGCCCGUUUAUGUAACUACAUGUGUCACUGAGGACAAAGGUCCUUAAAACAAAGGCGAGAGGCAGAGGAGAAACACUUCCCCACAGUAAGAUCGAUGGACUUGCCACCACUUCCCUCUUCGGACAUUUUUUUCCCCUGCGUGGUUGAAUGUCCUUCUGGUUUUACAAUCAUUUGGAGAACUUAACCAUCUCUCUGGGUCUCUGGGCACAACUCGAUGCUGAAGACACACUUCCCUCCAGCGAAAAGAAAAUGAAGAUUUUUCGGGAGCACUCCUAGCCUGGACUCACCGGGACAGCUGGACUCCCACUCCUGACAGCCCUGUCGGGGAGGAGGCAGCCCGGCCAGCACCAUGGAGGUGGAGGGCGAGAGCGAGGCCUUGCAGCAGUUUUUCGAAGCUCAGGGGGCCAAUGACACCCUGGGAAACCUGGCCCUGGAUACAAGUCUGCUGGAGGAGUUCUUGGGCAAUGAUUUCGAUUUGGGGGCCUUGCAACGCCAGCUCCCAGAUACCCCACCCUACUCCGCAUCAGACUCCUGCUCUCCUCCACAGGUCAAAGGGGCAUGCUGCCCGACGGUGGGGACCCCAGCUGCUCUUCUCCACUCUGCUGCUGCACCCGGGGCACUGCCUGCGCACCCCGCACAGAGCUCCUCCGACGUGAGCGACUCCGGCCUUGCCCACCACGACUUCCACAACUGCUGCCCAGACACCGGUCACCCCGCCACCGCCCUGGACCAGUCUGUGUCCUCCCAUCUGGGGAUGGGUUGUUCUUACCAUCAGCAGCCUCUGUGCCACAGCCCUGGGGCCUCAUUACCACCAACAAAGAAGAGAAAGGGCACACAGACGCUGGAGGACUCCGGGGACUGUCCAAUGUGGGCCCAGGACUCCAGACCAGUGACGAGUAGGAGUUACAGCAGCGAAAUGCAAGACCACGGCAGUGAGGGACAGAACAUGAUGCCUGCUGACCAGUGCUCCCCUGCUCUGAAGUGGCAGCCGUACCAAAGUGUUCCUUGGCAUAGUUUAUUAAAUGGUCAUUACGAAAAACUACCCAAUAUAGGCUAUCGAGUUGUCACAGACAAAGGAUUUAAUUUUUCACCAGUAGAUGAAGCUUUUGUUUGCCAGAAGAAGAACCAUUUUCAGAUAACCAUCCACAUCCAAGUUUGGGGAAGUCCAAAAUUUGUCAAAACCCAAACGGGUCUAAAGCCAAUAGAAAUGUUUUACUUGAAAGCUUUUGGGGUUAAGAUGGAAGCCACCAAUCAAAUAAUUGCUAUUGAACAGUCCCAAGCUGAUAGGAGCAAAAAGAUUUUCAAUCCUGUUAGAAUUGACCUACUGGCCAACCAAGUCACCAAAGUAACGUUGGGCCGACUACACUUCAGUGAAACCACAGCAAAUAACAUGAGAAAGAAGGGGAAACCGAAUCCUGAGCAGAGAUACUUCAUGUUGGUGGUUGGACUGUAUGCUGCUAACCAGGACCAGUUCUACCUGUUGUCUGCCCACAUCUCUGAAAGGAUCAUAGUAAGGGCCUCUAACCCUGGGCAAUUUGAAAAUGACAGUGAUGCAUUAUGGCAGCGAGGACAAGUUCCAGAAGCUGUUGUCUGUCAUGGUCGAGUGGGAAUAAACACAGAUGCACCGGACGAAGCCCUGGUUGUCUGUGGCAACAUGAAAGUGAUGGGGACAAUUAUGCAUCCCUCUGACAGCCGGGCUAAGCAGAAUAUCCAGGAGGUUGACACAAAUGAACAGCUGAGAAGAAUAGCCCAAAUGAGGAUUGUUGAAUAUGACUACAAACCUGAGUUUGCAUCUGCAAUGGGAAUAAACACUGCCCAUCAAACAGGAAUGAUUGCCCAGGAGGUGCGAGAAGUUCUGCCCAGAGCCGUGAGAGAGGUUGGUGAUGUCACCUGUGAAAACGGAGAGACGCUGGAGAACUUCCUCAUGCUCGAUAAGGACCAGAUCUUUAUGGAAAAUGUAGGUGCAGUGAAGCAGCUCUGCAAACUAACCAACAACCUUGAAGAAAGAAUAGAGGAAUUAGAAAUAUGGAACCGGAAGCUGGCCAGGCUGAAGCGGCUCAGUAGUUGGAAAUCCUCGGCCAGUGACGCGAGCUCCACCAGCAAAUUUAGCAGAAUUGUUAGUACUCCUCCAAGAAGGACCAUUCCCAAAAAAACCAACAAGGUUUAUUUUUCAGGAAAAAAACAGUGGUGUCCUAACUGGGUUUUCCAGACCUUGGUUAUAACGCUCAUUGCUGUGAUGACAUUUUGUGCCUUGACGAUAGUCUCCCUUUACAUACUUAGCUUAAAAGAUCAAGACCGACGUGCCCCAAAUCUCCCUGCGAGCAAUAUCACAAGCUCUCAGGAGCCGGCCCUGCCACCCGCAGCCUCUUCCUCCUCAGCACCUAAUACGUCUCUGGCAACGACACAAUCCUCGUUCCAAAUACCAGAAAUCACUUUCUGUGAGAUCCUGCCGUGUCAGGAAAUUUACUGCUGCCCCAUCUGGGGAACAAGAAGUGUCCUCUCCAGUCCUGUGCGAAGACCGUCCAAGGAAAUGGAACCUCAUCAGAGGUCAUGGGCAGAAGACAGAAGCGCAUCAUUCCUGGCAGGGGAAGUGCGAACCAGCCCCAACUGGGGAAGUGACUGGAUUGAUACAACCAUCAGUUCUAUUCAGAUUAUGGAAAUCCAGCAAACAAUAGAUCGCCGGUAUUGCAGUAGAAGCCUCCAGUGCGGGUCUGGAAAUUACAAUUACAAUAUUCCUGUUAACAAGCACACACCCACCAAUGUCAAAUUCUCUCUGGAAAUCAACACGACAGAGCCCCUGAUAGUCUUCCAGUGCAGAUUCACCCUUGGAAAUAUAUGUUUCCAGAGGAAAAGGGAAGCCAAAGGGAUGCAGACCCACGGAGAAGCCUCCCAGGAGAUGACACAGGGAUACCAGCACAUCUGGAGCCUCCCGGUAGCUCCGUUCUUUGAUAGCGCCUACCAUUUCCGUGUGGCUGCACCGGAUUUAGCUGACUGUUCAACGGAUCCUUAUUUUGCUGGAAUAUUCUUUACAGAUUACUUCUUUUACUUCUAUCGACACUGUGCCUAAUUUAUUCAAGUUUGGUUGGGGACUUCACCAAGGAAAAAUACUCAGAAAUACGGUUAACAGAAACUUAUAUUCUUAUGUCCAACUUCUUUCAUCUUUUUGUCGAACACCCACAUUUCUUGCCAAAGGACUUGAUCAGGCUUUGGUUUUGAGACAUCAAUGAGGAGGAUAAAGUGUUUGCUGAAACUUGAGAUAAUGUGGUCCUUGAUUUUGCCAUGACUACAAAGAAAACAGCACUCUUGGACUUGAAAAUACUGCCUCUGGUAUUAAGGAAGCUCUGAGGUCAAAAGAGGCAGGUCUAGCUCUACUUUGUCUAAAUGUAUUUCAAUGCUUUGGAGAAAAACAAAAAGGCCCAUUAAGCCAUGUCAACUUAGACCCAUUAAACGUAGAGCCAUGAGAAUGUGUGCUAUGGAGUGUGUUGGCAGGAGGGGUGGGCGGUGUCUGUGGCUGAGCUCAUAUUUA